AUGCAAGAACAACUGGCCAAAAUACAAGAAGAUAUGAAAGAAAAAAUGGAAGAAUCCCAAAAUAAUCUGAUAAGCCAAUUGGCGCAGUUGCUGGCUAGAGAACGCGAAAAGGGGAAGAGCACUAUAAGGAACGAUAAUGAAGACCCUAUCUACCCUCCAGGCUUUGCUCAGGUAAACACUCAACCACAAUCGGAGGGGCACCCACGAACGGUACCCGUCACUAUCAGGCUCCAGCAAUACCAGGCCAAUGCCUCGACACCAAUGAAUAUUCCUAUAGGUUCGGGCUCUAAUUCCGGGGAAAAUCCAGCUAAUCCAUUUGUACCGGACCUUGAUAACGUGGUAGAAAUGGAGAAAGAAAAAGUAGACAUGGCAAAACAACUCAAUGAUCGGUGUAAAUGGCUUGAAGAAAAGUUCAAAGCAAUGGAGACUGCUGAUUACCGUGGCGGGAUCAAUGCUAAGGACUUAAGCUUGGUCCCAGAUCUGGUGCUCCCACCAAAAUUUAAAACCCCGGAGUUUGAAAAGUAUAAUGGGACGAGCUGCCCUGAAGCUCAUAUUACGAUGUUCUGUUGA